AUGACGUUCCAACUCGACCUUACCGGCGAGCAGCUUGUCCAGAACGCCUCGGUGCUCAAGGACCAGGUCGUCUUCCUUACUGGCGGAGCGUCUGGAUUCGGACACGACACGUCCAUUAUCGCUGCUGAGAACGGUGCCAAGGUUUUCAUCGUCGACCUCAACAAGACGGCGCUUGAUGCCUUUGUGGACGAGCUCAAGGCCAAGGGCGGCCAAGUCGAGGGUUACAUCGCGGACAUUACCAAGCCCGAGGUCGUGCGCGCCGCCUUUGACCAGUGCGUCAAGUCGUUUGGCGUCCCCGACGUCGUGUACGCCAACGCUGGUGUGGCUGCAAACGACAAGAUUGACUUUGACGACCUUGGAGAGCAGGUUCAGCCGUGGGUCGACAUUACCCUCCGGAUCAACCUUGGCGGACUUCUCACCACGUCUGCUGUUGCCCAAGACAUUUGGGCCGAGAACCCACGCCCUGAGGGUGCGCGCAAGCCGCGUCUUGUGCUCACUGCGAGCCUGGGCGGCUUUGCUCCCAUCCCCGGUGCCACUGCGUACUGUGCCAGCAAGCACGCGACCGUUGCGUACUGGAAGGCUCUCUCUGACGCACUCAAGGCGGGCAAGAUGUCUGGAUUUGAGUGUCACGCGGUGUGCCCGUUCUUCUGCGCCACGCCCAUUCUCCCGCGGAUCACGCUGUUCCUCCUUGCUGGCCUGCCCUUCACCCCGAUCUCAAUGGUGUCCAAGACCCUCAUCUACGCUGGCAUUGGCAGCCAAGACCAGCCUCCCGAGCACAAGAAGCUAGUCGAUGCUGCCGGCGGCAUGGCCCUCUUGCUCCCCGACGACGGUGCUGCCACCGCUCUCGCUGCCGACGACUACUAUGCGUUCAGCGACCGCUUCGAGGCGGCCUUUGAGGCCCGUCUCGCUCGUAACCAGUGA